AUGCCGGCCUCACCAAAGCGAUACGGAUUCAUCAUUGAUGAUGGCAACUGGCCAUUGAGGAACUCCCUGAGAGAUUCCAACCCACCCGAGUUGUCUUACUCACCCUGUUCGUCUUCCAUGAGCAUGCACUCAGUACGACCAGCAACACCCGCAACAUCCAUGAACCAUGCGAAGCGACCUCAGAUUGCCAGCCUUCAUUUCUCAUCUACCGACGAGAAGGUUGACGCGGCCGAGUUUCACCGUAUGGCAGCUCAGAUGCUGUCCGGCGAGACUCCACAGGACGACUUCCUCSAGACCGUCGUUGAUGACAACUCAAGAUCCAUCCAGCAAAGAGAUCUGGGCUGUUCCGUGGCCACUAGCCACCCUUGUCUAAUCUGCGAACGCGUCUGUUCUUCAGAGGACCAACUACAUCGACACGUUACAUCGCGUCAUGACAACCACCACAUGGAGAUUUGCCCUGAAUGCGGCGAUCUCUUCACAGCAGAAUUUCUACCAACACACUUGGCAAGCGGCUUUCGAGGCUGCGCAGGUAUGAUGCAGGCAUCGUACCCAUCUCAAAUUCCCCAAGUCGACGAUGCAUACAUGACAGACUCGUACUUCACCUCAGCCUCUCAACGCUUUUGGAUCUAUGAUGGAGAUCACAGCUGGAACACCGGAAGCGUUCUCACUUCCUGCUUUGACGACGACGACGACGAAGAAGAUGAGCAGGAGCAGGUGGGACCUGUCGAGCAAAUUGUGGCCCAAGUCAAGAACGUCUUGAGAAGACCAGUCUCUCAAUUCUCCACUCAGGCAUGCAAUAUCUGUGGAGAACAAUUCCACACUGGAAGUCAAGAGUUUGCGCGACACAUGGGACAUCACUCCCAGGACUUUGCACGCAAGCAGCACAAGUGUGAUGAAUGCCAGAUCUUCUUCGCCAAUGAGGCAGAUCUCGAACGGCACCUCCAGUCUGCUAAGCUCAACCAGCACUGCGGGUUCACAUUCCGCCACAACGAAGCAAGCUGCAGUGGCCACCACAAGCCAACCCACUUCAUGGCAUCGACCGCCGAUGACCACUCUCUGAUGCAAAAGCAUCUGUGGGCGUGGGAACGAUGCCAGUUCCAGACCAACCGUCUGUCUCUUGCUCGUGUCCUCAAGAAGCAAGCGACGAAAAUGACUGUUCCAGCCUCGCCAAAAAUGGCAGAAGAGGUCUACGGUCCAUUCGUUCCACACUUCACCGUGGCUGGUCGCGAAGACAGCUUGGACUGGUCGAGUGAUGACGAAGAAGAAGCCACUGAGAUCGAUGCGCAUUUCAGCCGCAUCAUCUCACAAGUCAUCGACGCGGAUGCGACCGAUGCUAAGACUGAGAGCCGCUACYGACCGGAUUCUAUGACCCUCAAGACAGAUGAGGACGGCGAACCGGUAUCGGAGCAAAAAUGCUCUGUCGAUUUGACAGCUCUACGACUGGCUUAUGCUCAGCUGAAGCACGGGCACAAGCGGAAUGCUUUCAGCGGAUCACUGCCGCUGGAGUUUCUCAAGCAAGCUGUCCAGGAGGCCGAUCGACCUUUAUCGAUGCCCACCAUUCACGUCGCACAAGCCAUGCCUUUGAUCAGGCUGGGUGCAUGA